ACAUCUUGAUGCAUGAAUGUGUGAACUAAUAAAAAUUGGCAAGAUGAUGGAUUUUAUCAUAUGAUCAAAUACCAUUUGAGAUUUUCCCUAUCACACCAGCUGUUGUAACCUUUAACCCCAGGACAAGAUAGAAGAUGGAAGAAAUGGCAGUUAAAUGUAUCCCAGGGAGGGGAAAUGUGAUGCUGUAUUAGUUCAUAAGACAUGGGAAUUUGUACGAUGGAAAGUGUUAUGUUUGAUUUGAGUAAAAGUCGUAAACUCAGAAAACGUGGUUCUUUACCAGAACUUUUUCAUGCUUUUGAGGGCAUGCUUUUUCACAGACGAGGAUUAGUUGACAGACGCAAUAGAUUUAGUGCUGAUUUAACAGGAGUGAACACUGAUUGGCCAAUACAAUUUCAUGAUAUCCAUGGUGACAAUGUUGCUUUAAGCCAUGACAAAGCAAGAGCUCGCAGAGCAGAUAGUUUCUGUAAAUCUAUAUGCUUUAGUAAUCGUCCAAUAGCUAUAAAUGAAAGGGUUUAUCUUAAAUUUGUCCAGACAUCAAGCAGUUGGAGUGGAGUGCUGCGGUUUGGAUUUACAAGUCUGGACCCAGGAAGUACACAGGGUCCAGACCUUCCGAGAUAUGCCUGUCCUGACAUGACAAAUAAACCUGGUAAUUGGGCUAAAGCUUUAGGCGAAAGAUAUGCUGCAAUAAACAAUGUGUUGCAUUUCUGGUACAACCGAAAUGGUGAUGUUAUGUUUGGUAUUAAUGGAGAGGAUAUUGGACUAUUCUUCACUGGUGUAGCUACAAAUACUCCUCUCUGGGCAUUGAUGGAUAUCUAUGGCAAUACAAUUGAAAUUGAAUUUGUUAAACUAGAGGCUCCUUUAUUGAACAACAUGUUAAAUCGUCCUUCUGUGUCAAUGCCUUCUGAAAUAUCGGCUAUUACAUCACAGAUGACAGCAAUGACAUCAGAAACAGUACCGUCAACCACUGUCAUUCAGUCAAACAGUUUGCCAAUCAAAUACUAUACAAUGACUAGAUUCUCUUUAAUGCAAUGGCAUAAACUUCAAGGGAAAAACAUACAGAUCAUUGAUCCUAGUCGGACAAUAGCUUAUCGUGCACCUGAAGAAUUUUGCAAUGGUUAUGUUUUUUCAUCGAGACCAUUAAAAUGUGGUGAAAAAGUAGUGCUGCAAGUACUAGGAAUAGAUAGAUCGUAUGUUGGUGGUCUAGCAGUGGGCUUUACUACGUGUUCACCCGAUUCUGUGUCACAAUCAGAACUACCAGAUGAUGCUGACUUAUUGUUAGAUAGAAUGGAAUAUUGGGUUGUAAAUAAAGAUGUAUAUCGGUCACCAGAAAUAGGAGACGAGUUGUGUUUUCAUUUAACUAAUGAUGGAGAAGUCCGAUAUUCCAGAAACAACAGUAAAGUGGCAACUUUAAUGCACGUAGAUAGAACAUUACCAUUGUGGAUAUUUUUUGACAUUUAUGGAAACAUACAAAAAAUGAGAUGUUUAGGUGUAGCACCUCAUCAGCCACCAGUGCCGCCUCGACCACGUUCAACCUCGUACCUAACCCAGGGACCACUUAGUGUAGCUCUGCCACGUACAGAGAGACAAGUUCAACCUACCACACAAAACAUCGCUAAUUCUCAAGUUGGCUUACUACAACAGCAACUGCAGGAACAACAUGCAGCAUCCAUGGUACGGAGUAUUAGUGUGCCAUCUGGGGUUUAUGUUUCGUCCAAAUCGUCUCCCCCUGUUCCUCCUAAAUCCCAUUCCAUUUCGACACCGACAUCGCCCACAGAAAAAUCAAUCCCAGAAAAUGAGACAAGUGAAUGUACAGUUUGUUAUGAAAGGGAAGUUAAUUCUGUGUUAUAUAAAUGUGGACAUGUGUGUAUGUGUUUCGAAUGUGCCAUACAUGUAAAGGAAAAAGGAGCUUUAUGUCCUAUCUGUCGACAGACCAUUUUUGAUGUCAUAAGAAUAUAUAAAACAUGAAACAUUGUUAAAAGUAUUAUUUUUUAUUCUUUAAAAGGACAGAACCAUUAAAUUUGGUUCAGUAGGUAGUGUUGACUUCCUUUCCUUCUAUCUGUGAUUAUAACUUAAUUUAAGAAUUAUUUGUAAAUAGAGAAUAUCAUAUGGCUUUUUCAAUAUCACAUCUGUAUCAACCCGAAACACCAAUAUAAUCAU